AUGAAGGUCUCUACCAUGCUCGUUUUUCCUGCCCUAGCUCUUGGAGCUGCUACGCCCAAGCUCCCGGUUUCUUCUAUCGAUCCUGCCUGUCUUGAGAGUAUCACCAGCGUCGCCGACUGUAUCAAGAACCUCAACCCCACCGGUGCCGCCGCUCUUACUGAUGUCGCAACCUGUCUCGCCGAACUCGUGGCUGGGGUCCAAAAAUGUAUUCCAGGUGUCCCUGGCGGCCUUCCUUCUGGUCUACCAACUGCUCUUCCCACUGGGCUCCCUGUUCCCCUGCCCACUCCUCUUCCCGGUGGCCUUCCUGGAGUUGGUACCCCUGAAAUUCCUGGGCUUCCUUGA